CAGCGCACACGUUCCCGACAGUCGUGCUCCUCUCUUCGGCUCUUUCUCCGCUGCAGCUUCAAAUGAAAGACUCGUGUCGGUUCACCGUGUAAAUGACAGCACGGUGUGCCCCCCGCUUCCCCCCUACACCCCCGCCUCCCUCCUCCUCCUCUUGGCUGUGAUCAUGUGAUGGCGCAGAAGUGGCCCAUUAAUGAAGCUCCUCACCGGGGGUCUUUUCUGCUCCUGUCACCGCGCACGGGACAGAUCUGAGAGGGACAUGGAAGAGGCAGCAGCAGCCGCUUAGCGCAGCUCACCAGCGGGCAGCAGGAGGACGGACACCGCGCUGCACCUGCCAACCAAGCGGAGGAGAGGAGGAGCACCCACCGCUUCAACUUCUCCCAAAGUUUCGCUACCAGCUGUGCGUAAAAACUGGGAGCAUGCGUCCAGGACAGCCGGCGGUUUCCGUCUCAUGCGUAAAGGCGCAGUGAAGAGUUUGGAGAAAGUUUCCGAAAACAAAGCGAAGAGAGGCUCUUCUGACGGGAUCCCGGUCCGGCUCGGCAGGACAAAAUGCCGCGCCCCGGGAGGAACACGUACAGCGACCAGAAGCCUCCGUACUCGUACAUCUCCCUGACGGCCAUGGCCAUCCAGAGCUGCCCGGAGAAGAUGCUCCCACUCAGCGAGAUUUACAAGUUCAUCAUGGACCGGUUCCCGUACUACCGGGAAAACACGCAGCGCUGGCAGAACUCGCUGCGCCACAACCUCUCUUUCAACGAUUGCUUCAUCAAGAUCCCCCGCAGGCCGGACCAGCCCGGCAAGGGCAGCUUCUGGGCUCUGCACCCCAGCUGCGGUGACAUGUUCGAGAACGGGAGCUUCCUGCGGCGCCGGAAACGCUUCAAGGUGGGCAGCAUGCAGGCCGCGGACCCGCUGGCCGCCAGCAAGCCGCAGGAUGCGGCGCACUACCUGCAGCAGCAGGCCAAGCUGCGGCUGAGCGCGCUGCACGCAGCCGCGCACCUCCCGCAGAUGCCGGCCGGAUACAACCUGAGCUCCGUCUCGCAGCCGUCCAGCUUCAAGCACCCGUUCGCCAUCGAGAACAUCAUCGCCAGAGAGUACAAGAUGCCCGGCGGACUGGCGGCCUUCUCCACCGCCGGGUACCCGCUGCACAACCAGCUGACCCCGGCCUGGCCGCACAUGUACGGCUCCGGAAUGAUGGACACUGCGGCCCCCAUCUCCAUGGCCGCCAGCGACUACUCGGCCUACGGCAUGCCACUCAAGACCAUCUGUCACGGCGGGCAGACGCUGCCCGCCAUCCCGGUGCCGAUCAAACCCUCCCCAGCCUCGGUACCCGGCCUGCCGGGGCUGCCCGCGCACAUUCCGGCUUUCCUCGCGAACUCGCCCCAGUCUCUGAGCCCCACCUCCCCGCAGACAGCCACCGGCCAGAGCAGCCCGGGCGGCCCCGGAGAAGCGCUGCAGUCCGCGGUGGCGGUGCACUGACGGGGGCUGCUCCGCUUUUUCUAUAUUAAAAAAAAAAAAAAAAAAAAAAAA